UUAAGAUUGUAAAAACCAAGUGAAACAACACAUGGAAAAUAAAGUAUUUUUCAUGUGAGUUGUGAUAUGGUCCAUUAAAGAUUUAUUUUACUUUCUGUCGGCAAAACUUUAGAUUAAAAAAACAUUUGAGACUGUGAGGUUUAGAAGAAUAAUGAGUUUUAGUGCAUUCAUGACGAAAGCAACAACGGAAGUGCAGCAAAUUACUUUGGUCACGUUCAUUUUUAUUUUACACCAAGGACUAGUAGGGUCUGAGUACAUUGUGAAUGUAGCGUCUCAAUCCACAUGGUUAAAUCGUGGGGACAAGUAUGUGGCGUACUGCAAUAUCCCUGGCCAAGAUCCCCUCGACAUUAUCCAGAACUUGAAAGUCAGGUGGUUCCACAACGGUCGGGCCCUGACCAGUCUGUGUGAGUUCCUGUCAUCUGAACUCGCCCAGAGGUAUUCCUGCAGAGUUCUGUCACCACAGCAGAACAACAUCAGCCUUAAACUCACUGUAUCAAAUGUUCAGAAAGCAGAUGCAGGGAAUCUAACCUGUGAUGUGUAUGAGAAGAUCAAGGAGAAUAACAAUUGGGUCAGGGAUAAAUUGGUCGCCAUAAAGUCACUGCCUAUACAAGUCAGAGAGCCAAUCAAAAGUAUGAUGUUCAGGUUUGGCGCCAACAAAGACGAAUAUCUCACCCGAGACAACAAUGAGGCCAUUCACCAAAUGGAGGUCUUAUCUGGCAAGUACGCCCCCUCUUGUGAGGCGAUGGGUGGCAUGCCAAAAGCCAAUAUCCAGAUCAUGAUGGGCGACCAGAUGAUGCAGGGGAAGAUCAUGGACAUAGAAAACAAGAUGGGCACGAAAUUUGUAGCCGAUGCGACAGAUUUCAGAGGCAACAGCCAAAUUAAUGUAACGUGUACUGCAGAAGUUGAAGGACUACCCAACUCAGAAAUGCAACUAACCUAUCGAGUAGUAGUCAGACAAAGAGAUCCUAAAUUCAGGUGUACCAAUACAUCUGCUGCUGUUAACAACAAACGACACAAUAUUACAUGUGAAGUGUAUGAUCUUGAGGGUAUUUCUUGUAACAACAUCUUGUGGAAGCGAGGAGACACUGGUGAAGAUUAUAUUCCAGACAGCUAUUUCAAUUUCAAUCCGGUGUCAACCUGAA